AUGUCCAGCCGUGUUUCCCUUCCAGCUCCCAUCUCUUCCUAUUUACUAGUGUCUGUCCAGCCUUCAGGAGUAGUGGCUCAUACGAAGGUGAAAGAGGGACGGAUGCUCGUUCAGGACAUCCCUUCCAUCCCCAGCAGAGGGCACUUGGAGAGCACGUCUGAUUUGGUUGUGGACUCCACCUACUACAGCAGUUUUUACCAGCCGUCCCUGUAUCCUUACUAUAACAACCUGUACAACUACUCCCAGUACCAAAUGGCAGUAGCCAGUGAGCCUUCUUCAAGUGAGACAGGGGGUACGAUUGUAGGGUCAGCCGUGAAAAACAGCCUUCGAAGCGUCCCGGCAACAUACGUGCCAAGCCAGUCAGGAAAACAGUGGCAGGUGAAGAGCAUGGAGAGCUGCCACGCCGUCAGUGCCCAGUACCGCAUGUGCUCCUACUACCCACCCGCUUCCUACCUGGGACAGGGGGUUGGCGCUCCCACAUGCCUCCCCCAAAUCCUGACGUCUGAGGACAUCCCCUCCUACUCAGAGUCGAAAGCAAGAG